CAUAGAACGGCCUAUAGUACGUACGCGUUUGUUUGUAUUCCUGGUUAUAAAAUAGUUUUUGUGAUCUAAAGUUUGAUAUUUUGGUUGAAACGUAUAUCAAAACAUUAAUUACAACACGUUCUUUAAUUAUUUUGAACACAAAUUAUAUAAUUUCUAAUAAUUUACAAGAUAUUAACGUGACAAGUGAUUGAGUAUCAGUUAAAUUUCAAACUACCCAUUGUGCAAUUAAGUAAACAUCAAGCACGACCCGGCGAGUUACGCGUGACUCAUCCUUGCGGACAAGUCGCUGGGCUCUGUACAACGAAAUCACGUAACAAGCGACAAUUAUCGACUUUCAUCGCUUUCCUGUCGCUACGAUCAUAGUACAGGUUGCAAUAUGCCGAGGACCGGAGGCAACGUUACGUGCGCCGCUUGCCCAGAGGUAAUUCGAGAUGACGAUUUCAUCAUAUGCAGAGUGGAGCGCUGUCACAAAAAAUUUCAUUUACUAUGUACUAAUGCCACAAAUCUGCCGCUGGAAUCAGUAAAGUCAUGGAUCUGCCCUGACUGCAAGGCUAUUACAAAAAGAGGCGGAGAUAACUCCUCGACCCCGGUACGCUCCACUGCAUCUCCAAGUAACGUCACCAUCCGCAAGGCAACGCGUAGAAACGGUGACCAAUCAAACGACGAUGAUACAUAUUCAAUAGUUAACGAAAUGCGUCUCCUUCGGGAAACGAUGACAGAGUUUAAAAAUGAAUUGUCGGAAGUGGUUGCCGCCGUGGCUCGUUGCCACCUUCGCUUGGAUGAUAUUGUCGACAAGCUUACUAACACAGAAGCCCGUCUACAGUCACUAGAGGAUAGUCAAAGGGAAUGUGACCAACUAAAACAAACGGUUGAGCAGUUGCAACGGCAAUUAGACAUUCAAGCGCAAUCGUCUCUUGGUAAUGAGGUCGAAAUUAUCGGACUAGAAGAAGUCAACAAUGAAAAUCCUUAUCAUCUGACUCUAGUCACUGCCUCAAAAAUUGGAAUACACAUGACAGAGGGUGACAUAGAUAGCGUUGCUCGAACCGGAUUUCGCCGUACUAACGGAGAUGGGAAAGAAAAUAAAAUUCCACGUCCACUUGUAGUCCGUUUUACUCGCAAGGCGAUACGAGAGGACUUUCUGAGGGCCGCCAAAUCACGUCGUGAUUUGAAUAGUAAGGACAUCGUUUUGAAUAGUCCUGAGCGGAAAAUAUUUAUAAAUGAGCGCCUUACUAGAGCCAAUCGACAGUUAUUUCGCGAUGCCAGAAUACGUGCAAAGGAGGCUGAUUUCAAAUACUGUUGGACAAGGAAUGGUUCAAUAUAUGUUCGCAAACGUACAGGUAAACCUGCUGUCUAUAUUGCUUCUUACGAUGACCUGCUUUGCAAGUGCCCAGUCAACCUGCGGGCAAAAGAAACCGCUAUCGCUACUGCCGAUGAGUUUACAGCCAAACUCUAUUAA